AUGGAUAGCGCCGCUGUUCUUGGGAUCGCAGAACGCGUUGCAGAGGGUAAACUUUCUAUGACUGGAGCUGCUGAGUUUGCUGGAAAUUUGGCCCGCGAUGGCUGCGUUAAGGCCAGUGUCAAACAGCUGGCAACUUCCCGCGAGCGUGAUUUCUUCAAGUGGGUGAUUCUUCCUUUGCCCAUUUACAGAGCUACAGUAAUCACUGAAUGCUUGGGGUCCCGCGAGGAUUUUGAUGCAUUGUGGCGCGCGUGUGGAUGUGACGAGUUGGUUUCGUCACAUGUUCCAAUCAUCAUCCAUGAGGAUGCAACUAGAUCUGAAAUUUGCCGCAUCCUGGCCUGGGACUUCAGGCAGCUGGAAUCUGGUUUGUAUGACUACGUCAACCAUUGCGGAAUGUUUCAUGCAGUAGGCUCCGCGCGGGAAAAGCAAGCAGGGGAUUAUCUGCCAAUGAAAGCAGCUUUUGCCUUUUGGAAGGGCGACAUGGAGGCACACGCUUACGCUCACAACUUGGUCCAAACCCAGCGCUAUUACAGAUGCAACCAGUGCUGCGACUUCUGCCUGGCUACUUGUGACAAAAGAGCGCCUGAGCUCAAUUGGGGAAGCCUUUCGCUGAGAGCAGUGUGGAGGAGCGCACUUACGAUGUCCGACCCGAAUGACACGUCGCCGUGGUGUCAGGUGCCACGCUUCAAAAAGGAUAAGCGACUUCUUGACUUGCUGCAUAUAGUGCACUUAGGCACCUUAAGGGACUUGAUUCCGUCGGUGAUCAUUGACUCCUUGCAGGAUGGAACACUACCCCAUUUUUACGGCUUAGCGGGUCGACCGUGGGACGAGGUUCUUCAUUCUUUCAGCCACCACGCAUCUUGCUGGGCUAAACUCGAGGGCAUGCAAUUGUACAUUGGCACGCUUAGUAUGGCCAGGUUGGGAAGACCCAAAUACACACAUUGGCCGAUGGCGACGCUUGACACGCGGAUUAAGGCUGCGAAGGCCCGAACACUCUUUGCUUUCACGACCUUCAUCAUGACGAGGCUGGCCGACUCGUCCGUGCUGCGAACUGCAGAGGGCAUUCAGCGGGCUCGAAUGCGGGCGAUUUCUUGCUGGUCUCUAGAUCUAGCCUUAAGUCUUUGGAGCAAAAACGGCAAGGUUCUCACGGCGCGGGAUAUUGUGGACGAGACCACAUGGUUAUGUCAUCUUCACUCAGCCUCAUACCAGUGGCUGGCGUGUCAGUGCCUCGCGGAGAGGAAACUGCUGUUUAAGGUGCGGCCGAAGACACACUACUUCUGCCACAUGGUGGAUCACUUCUCCGCUACACAGUUGUGCCUUAUGCAUUUGAGUACAUUCUCUGAUGAAGAUUUUAUGCACAAGAUCAGGUGCAUCUGUCAAAGUUGCCACGGAGGCAACUACAUGCGGUCGUGGUCACGAAGGUACGCAUUGAAGCGGGCACUCCAGUGGAGAGAUAUUAAAAAAGAACUGGCGCGUGCACGAGUUAAGAAGUUUCACCAUGUGAAUUGGAAAUUUACAACAUGUGUUUCUGCAAUUUGGGUCAUAUAUGUGAAACAUGGCGCUGGUAUAUGCGUUGAUCUGGCACGGUUUGUAUACGCAGGCCUCACUCGCGAUCGUGGGUGUGAAUGUCAAGCAUGUUCCGCACUUGUGUAUUUCCAACGCCUCGGACCCCUGGGUUUUCUUGAAACCCUAUGUUACGAAAACGGUUUGAAGGUCAGAAAACGGUUUUCAAGAAAAUGUUUUCAAAAAAACAGUACACUUUUAUGA